UAGUAACCGGAAGUUAAAUAGUACCCCGCGAAACUCUCCAGAAGGUAAACAAAAAACGUUAAAAUGCCCAAAAGAAGGAAUCCUUUUGGUGACGGGUCACCUCUCCAGCUAAAAACGCACAUUGGAACCAAAGAAUUAAACACUGGUGUCAGUGGGGAACAGAAUCUUAAAGCUGUUUAUGAGAGGACAAAGAAUAUGCUGUUUAAUGGUGUGCAAUCCUUGUAUAGUUCCGAGACAGUCACUGCUGAUGCCAAUUGUAACCUGCCAUUCAUCGCAAACUACAACACCGUCGAUAAUGCAUCACAGGUCCCCGGUCAACUGGUCAUCGACCAUGAGGGUCAGCUGACAGUUCCCUCAGCUUUAAACAAAGCCAACAGCGAGGAAAUGGAGACAGGCAACCCCACCCCUUUUGGGUUGAGCAGUAAUUCCAGUUCAUUUGAUUUUUCUAAGGGUAAGAAAUCUGUCGAUAGAAGACGAUUGCCAUCAAAUGAACGCUGUAAUUUCUGUGAGAAGGCCCUGGAGAGAGACCGAACACUUCAGUGCUGCAACUGUCAGCGAAAUUACUGUCAGUUUUGUUCCGUUAUUAAUUAUGAUGAAAGUUCUGAGAGGGUUUUCUGCCUGGGUUGCUCAGCAUAAGACAAACUUGACCAGAAUUCCAUUAGAUCUCUGUACCUCGUAGUUCUUCCACGUUUAGCAUGGAUGUAUGCAAACAUUUUCAUUUGUGACUGUACUUCUGAAAUCCUGGAGUUGAUUAGAUUCCUAUUGCACAAUAUGAAGAAAAAUUUGUAUGAGAUUUGUGAAGUGCUGUAAUGUAGUUAUUUAUCAUGAAGCAUAUUUUGUGAUAAAAUGGAAUUUAUUGACAUGAAAUUUUUAUAUACCUGUUCAUACAUAUAUAUUUUGUUUGUAAAUUGUUUAUAUACAUUGUUUAUAAAAUGAUUGAUGCAUUGACAUUGUUAUUGAGUUGGAAUCCGUUUAGCGGUAGUCAGACUACAUGACAGUGUAUAAUAUUUUGUCUGGUAUUUUGAAUACAUUGUACUUGGAAAUGCUAGUACUAAGUCAUGAUGAUAAAUCAAAAUAUUGUAAACUAAAGUAUCCAGCAGUUACCUUAUUUUGGCACACAUACAACAUAGAUUUUUUAAUAUAAAAUUUGUUGUAGCCACAUCUAUUAAGGUCUGGUAACACUUGAUGUGUAAAUAAAAUAGAAUGGUUUUGAUAUGAAACAGAACAGCAAAAAGCAAAGUGUAUUUAUCACUGCUCUUAAUGUUAGUAUAUUGUUCCUUGAAUAUUUGUUUAGUAUAAAAUACUGUAUACCUGACAUACAAUUUAAUUUGAUAGAAACUUGGAAAUUAUGGGUGUACAUGUAUAUGUACCAGUAGUAACCCACAAAUGGCUUAAAACAAAUAAAAAUCAUGUAUGUAGACCUGCAUUGAAAAAGGGCAAAAUUGGAACCAUGAGGUUCAUUCUGUUUUUCUUUCAUUUGAUUUUUUUAUAAGAAAAAAAAUUAAUAAACUGCGUUUAUAGAAUAGCAGACACACUUGUAUUGUGAUAAUUGUAAAGUUACAAAUUUUACAAUUAAAUAAAUGUGAAAACGUAAUUAGUCACAUUAUGAAAAAUGUAGAUUAAUUUGAAACACAAACUUGUAUUGAUGAAACCUUUUGAUUUGGAUUGAUGCAACCUUUUGAUUUGUGUUGAAGGCUAUGUUUAGAUUGUUCAAAGUUUUCCUGCAUUUAUCCUAUAAACCUUGCUAUGGUUGAUAUAAGUGAGAUGUGAGGUUUGACUAAACCUGGUCACAAGUAACGCCAUAUUGUCCACAACAUUUGGUCAUAGCAGACAUUUAGUACCUGGUAAUGUGCAUUUCUUUACCUCUUAAUUGUACAUGUACUAGAAGUUGUUUGUUUGCCCAGAGAUGUACUCGUGUUUUUUGUAUAUUGAAUUUGUUUAGUUGAACUGUAGGGAGAAAGAGUUUAUAGAAAUAAGGAAAAUGAACAAUAAGUAUGGUAAUUAUUGGGUAUACAUUACAAAGUGCUAUGUUUACAAAUUAAAGUGGUAAUCAUGCAGUUGAUUUAAGAUGCAUUUCCAUGAUUUGUUUCAUAAAUGAAUUACUGAAAACUUAAAUUAUGAUGAUAAUCAACAAUAUAAAAGAUUUAUGUAUGAAAAAUCACAGCAAAGUCAAGUCUAAUUUGUACCAUUAUAUAUUGUAAUAUCUUGUUACAGUGAAGGGUACUAGCAAGUUGUUUACAUUGUGAAUGCCAUUUUGUACCAUGUUAUCUUAAAUAUAUUAAUAAACAUGAUAGAAGUUUUACAA